AUGCUUUGUACAAAAUGGAUAUUUAUGGAAAUAGUGAGUGUUUGUGAUGAUAGAAUGAAUCAACAACAAUUGUUAACAAAUAAAGAACAACAACAACAACACUCCUAUAUUAAAGAAGAGAAACCAAUGAAACCACAAAACAGAGAUUGGCGUGUCGUUUGGCUCGUUAAAUGGUGUUCAUAUGAUUUUAUUUUUGGUGUGAAAAUACUGAUUUUAAAAGUUGAAACGAUGCUUGAUGUGAAUGCUAAUGAUAUGGUUUUAAACAAAACAACAUCAACCAAUUGGGGUGAAAGUAAUGUUAUUGUUAUGUUGUAUUUUGAGAUGAUCCAGCUAUCUUAUCUCUUGUGGAGUGGUUACAUAGCUUGUGGUAGAUAUAAAUGCGAUGAUGGUAAGAUGAGUUUUGUUUGUGAAAUGCAUCAAAGAUACGAAAAAUGUGUAAUAAAUUGUGGUGGUUGUAGUUGGCUUGAGUUCUGUCUCUAUAUAGAAUAUAUCGAUAUUAGACAAGGUGUUGGCUAUAGUAUUUUCUUUACCAAUUUAGAGUCAUAA